AAAAAAAAGAAUCAGAAAAACGCUAUCCUACUGCCCCUCGCGCGCGCGCCCGCUGUCUUCACGACCCAUCAUGGCGGCGGCGGCGGCGAGGCGCGCCGCCACCGGCCUCUUCCCCCUGCUCCUCUCCUCGCCAUCCCGAGCUCGACCACGCUACAGGGAGUCCCUAACCCUGCCCGCUCUCCUCCGCCCCCGCCGCCUCCCUCCCCACCCCUCCAGGCCCUUCUUUUGCUCCGCGGCCCUCUCCUCCCCCGCCGGCGCCGCCUCGAACGGCGCGGCCGCGGAUAGUCCCCCGGACCUGCACCUGUACAACACGAAGUCGAGGAAGAGGGAGCCGUUCCGGCCGCGGGCGCCCGGCGAGGUCGGCAUGUACGUCUGCGGCGUCACGCCCUACGACGACAGCCACAUCGGCCACGCCCGCGCCUACGUCGCCUUCGACGUCCUCUUCAGGUACUUGCAUUAUUUGGACUACAAAGUACGCUAUGUUCGGAACUUCACUGACAUCGAUGACAAGAUAAUUGCAAGAGCUAACCAGUUGGGGGAAGAUCCUUUUAGCUUGAGCAAAAGAUACUCUGAUGAUUUCCUCUCGGACAUGGCCAAUCUUCAAUGCCUGCCACCAUCUGUGGAGCCCCGUGUUUCAGAUCACAUUGAUCAGAUUGUAAACAUGAUUAAACAGAUCAUCGAUAAUGGUUGUGCAUAUGUAGUAAAUGGGGAUGUUUAUUUCUCUGUUGACAACUUUCCUGAAUAUGGGAAGUUGUCUGGUCGAAAACUAGAUGAUAAUAGAGCUGGUGAAAGGGUUGCAGUUGACGAGAGAAAGAAAAACCCAGCUGAUUUUGCUCUAUGGAAGGCUGCAAAAGACGGGGAGCCAUGGUGGGAUAGCCCUUGGGGGCCGGGUAGACCAGGAUGGCACAUCGAAUGCAGUGCCAUGAGUGCACAAUAUUUGGGCAAUUCUUUUGACAUACAUGGUGGCGGGGAAGACCUGAUAUUUCCACACCAUGAGAAUGAAAUCGCACAAAGCUGUGCAGCAUGCUGUGACAGCAGCAUAAAUUACUGGGUGCACAAUGGUUUUGUCAAUGUAAAUGGCCAGAAAAUGUCUAAAUCGCUUGGUAACUUCAUCACUAUACGCAAGGUUAUAGAGCUGUACCACCCACUUGCCCUGAGGAUGUUUUUACUUGGUACUCACUACAGGGCCCCGAUCAACUACACAGUUGAGCAGCUUAAUGUUGCAUCAGAUAGAUUGUACUACACUUACCAGACAUUAAGGGAUUGUGAAGUAAGUACCCAGCAGGACCAGAGCAACAGUGGAGAUUCAUUACCUUAUACUACCACACAAUGCAUUGAGAAGCUUCACAGAGAAUUUGAGACUUCAAUGUCUGAUGAUCUACAUACUACAGUGGCACUAGCUGCUAUUUCCGAGCCACUGAAAGUAAUGAAUGAUUUGCUGCAUACUCGUAAGGGAAAGAAGCAGGAAAAACGUUUGGAAUCGCUUUCUGCCUUGGAAGAGAAAAUAAGGAUGGUGCUUUCUGGUCUCGGGUUGAUGCCUUCAAGUUACUACGAGGCCCUGCAGCAGCUGAGGGAGAAGGCGCUGCGAAGAGCGUCCAUCACCGAGGAGCAGGUUCUACAGAAGAUCGAGGAGAGGACCUCGGCGAGGAAGGCGAAGCAGUACGCGAGGUCGGACGAGAUCAGGGACGAGCUGGCCGCCCUGGGGAUCGCCCUCAUGGAUGGACCCGACGGGACCGCCUGGAGGCCUUCCGUGCCGUCCUCCGAGCAGGCGGUGGUCGCCAGCAGCACAUGACCAGCGCGCAACCCAUGGGCUUGCUUGAGCGUCUUUGACAGUUUUGACAAAUUAAUCAGUGGCUCAUUUAUUUUGGUUAUCGACGUGUUUAUGUUGUUCUGAAA